AUGGUCGCCGCAGUGACCAAAACCUGCCCAAAACUGACAAAAAGAAAACUCUGUCGGAUCCUGAACCCGGCCAAUUUGAAAUUUUCCCUUAAUCUCACUUUGCCGCUUUUACAUUCUCUUCAUCCUCCAGCAUCCGAUCCAUUCAAAUCGAAAUCACCGAUUCAUCCUUCUAUCGUUUAUUCAUUCAAGCCUUCUGCUAUCAAAUCCUAUUUCGGCACCACAUUGAUGGUUCCUUCAAUAUUUUUCAACUAUUCAACUAUUCGAUACAAAAUUGACGGAUGA